AAUAGUCAAGCGUAAAUUUUCUAUAUUUUCCUCAAAGUAAAUUGUUAAGUAUUAUUUUAUGUAAAGGUGGAGAGGCAUUCAGAUGGCUUGUUUAAAUGUUCUCAAACAAGAGAUCAAAACUUUGGAAGCAGUUUUUCCCAAGACCCAUGAACGAUUUCAAAUAGUGUCAGCAAGUGUAGAUGAGCUAAACUGCAGAUUUAUUGGAAGAAAUGGAAAACGAUAUGAAAUUCACGCAAAUAUUACUGAAACAUAUCCGUCCACGCCUCCAGUAUGGUUUGCUGAUACGGAGGAAACAAGUGUUACAAACGCAGUUCAGAUUCUCAGCAAUACAUCGGGCCGUGACAACCAUGUGAUGAACCAAGUGGCAAUCCUGGUGCGAGAGCUGUGUCGCCUACAUGGUGUGUCAGAACCAGGUGAGUUGGAGAGACUGACGCUAGGAAUGUGGAUGCCUCCGCCACCAGUCCAGGGCGAUCCUCAUGAGACAGAGGAGGACGAUGACGAUGAUGACAACGACGACGAUGAGGACCUGCACCUGGAGAUGGACGAGAGCGAGAUACUUGCUAAGAAUAAGGCUGAAGAGAUGGACGCUGAACACAGUAAUAUGUUAGAGCGACUGAGGCAGAAUCAGCGACAGGACUAUCUGAGAGGUCAGGUCUCCGGCAGUGUACAGGCCACUGAUAGACUCAUGAAGGAGCUCAGGGACAUUUACCGUUCUGAAACGUUUAAAAAAGGCAUGUACAGCAUAGAGCUGGUGUCUGAUAGUCUGUAUGAGUGGAACAUCCGCCUCAUGUCUGUAGACCCUGACUCACCCUUACACAACGACCUUGUUCUACUGAAGGAGAAGGAAGGCAAGGACUCCAUACUGCUCAACAUGCUAUUUAAGGAGACUUACCCCUUCGAGCCUCCGUUUGUCCGUGUCGUUCAUCCUGUGAUUUCCGGUGGUUAUGUCCUGAUGGGAGGAGCCAUCUGUAUGGAGCUACUGACCAAGCAAGGCUGGAGCUCGGCCUACACUGUGGAGGCAGUCAUCAUGCAGAUAGCUGCUACACUGGUCAAGGGCAAAGCUCGGAUACAGUUUGGUGCUGCUAAAGUCGUAACGCAGGGUCAGUACAGUUUAGCAAAGGCACAACAGUCCUUCAAGUCUCUAGUACAAAUUCAUGAAAAGAAUGGCUGGUUCACUCCACCGAAGGAAGACGGCUAAAGGAGGUUCAGUGUAAAGUGGCUGUGAUCGCAAAGACUUGUAUAAAUUGCACAUUGGAGACUGUUACAUACGAGAGCCUAAGCAGAGGCCUGUAAAUAGUCUGCAGCUGGUUGGUGUACUUGAUUCGUCUUAUAGUGUUUAAAUCCUUUGCAACCUCUGGCUUUUGUUUUCUUAUGUUAAAUUAUGUAGGUGUUAAGAAUUAUUGUGCUGUUAUUUGUUUGAGAGGAUUGUUUUGGAAAAGAGUUUUGAAGACUUGUGAAUUAUUUGGGGAUAUCUAAGUAAAGGGCUUUAACCCCCAAAAUUGCAAAGAAUAUUUUAAUGAAGUUUUUUGCUAAAGAUGGAUUAAGGGUCAGGGUUUUCAAAUAUUUUAAAGUACACAUAUAAAUUCAUAGAAUUUACAGAGCUGCUAGGUACUCCUUAUUCAGUAGUAGGGCCUUUGUUCUUGUAGGAUCAGGAACAAAGGCUUUUUUACUUUAAUUCUACAAGAAAAAAUACUCUACUAAUGAAGAAAGAGCGAGUAGCUUCUAAAAUUAGAAGUGUUAUAUAUAGUUAGUCUUUUUUCAAAAGCCUACAACAAAGCUCAAAGAAUAAUUUAAGCCUGUCUUGAUCUGGUGAUCAGUUGUUGACGACUUUGGUCUUAAGCUACAUCUCACAUCAGAUGGCAUAGAUUAUACAGGGUGUCUCUGAACUCUCUGCCGUCCUUUUGAAGGUAUCAUUCCUGGACCUAAUACAAACUGAACCCCCCCCUGCAGCAAACCUGCAGACUAAGCGAAUUUGGAAAUAUGGUAUCUGCAGAAACAGCUGAUGUUAAAUCAAUUGGCCAACCAAAUAAAAAAGUGAAAAAUAAAAAAGAAGCCUCUUCUACUCUUUUUUUUAAUUUCUCAGAAAUUAGGGGGAUCCCAACCCCUUUAAAUAACCAGGUUGCUUUGAUGAAAAAGUGUAAAAAUAUCCCACCGCCUUUUUUUUUAUGAAGAUAGGGCAGUGAAUAACUCAAGUGAAAUAGACUAACAACUAGUUUUUUUGUCACAUUUUCGUAUCCUACCACCUUAGCUUACUCAAAUACACCAACUUGUGCAGAUACUGUAAUUAGUUACUCGAUGUAAAUAAUAGUUGUAAUAUUUACGAUCCUUGAAUUCACUAUUCAACUCAUGUUAAACAUGUUAUUAAUUUGUUUUCCAAUAUUAUCAUUUUGUAGAAUAUGAAUGUUAGAUUUUGUUGAUCUGUUAAUUAUUUUAAUUUGCUUUUGGUUUCAGAGCUCCACAUUAGUGUACGUUAUUCCAGUUUUAAAGUGUUUAAUUCAUUUCAAGUUCCAUUCCUGUAAGACUCGUAAUGCACUAAUGCAGUGAGACGAUGAGUUAGACAAUUAGUAUCAUACUACAAAUUUUUAACCGUUCAUUCGUUUAAGAAAUGUAGAUAUAAUUUGUAUCGCUCUAGAAAUAAUUAUAAGUGUAAUAUAUCUUAAGGUUUUAAAAUAUUUUAGUUGAACUCAGUCAUACUUUGGUACACUUGUUACUAACUAGGAAUUCAAAAUUCUAAACAACGUUUAUUGUUUUUUUAUUAGUCGACAUACUAAUUGUGUAUUAAAUUUUAUUAUGAUGCGA